UACACGCACCGCGUGGAGGCCGCCUCUUGUUUACAUCCUCUCGCCGGAGGACUCGCGUCACCGUCUCGCACCCCCGUCGGCGCGCAAGGUCGCGCUGCGAACCUGACCGCGAGUUCGCGCAUCGUCGCCGAUAACUUACUUAUUCGGUCCCGGGUGUCUCGGCCUCUCCACGAUUCGAUUCUCAACGACUCGGCGGAGCCUCGUGCCCAGCAAAGCGGAAAUAAUGCGCGGAAGUCGUGGGACGAUCCUCGUCCUGUGCACGAUGAUGAAUUGCCUGAGACCGGCUUCACCCUCGCCCGCAACGAUGAACGUGAGGAUCGGCGAUGUGUGCAAACGGGAUCGAGACUGCGAGGUCGGCAUCGCUAAUAGCCACUGCCACUUGGGUUAUUGCCGGUGUCAGUCCUUCUUCGCCGGCUAUAAUGGGACGCGUUGUCUAGAGUCGACUCUACUGGGCCACGAUUGUCUCGUGAGGGAACAAUGCUCCCUGAAAGUGGCGAACAGUAGCUGCCUCGACGGCGUGUGCAGGUGCGAGGAGGGACACUUGCAAUUCCGCCGGCACACUUGUCUCGGACCGGCGAAACUCGGCCAGGUGUGUUACGAGCACGCUCACUGCCGCCUCUGGGAUCCCGAGUCGCACUGUGAUUUCCUCAUUCCGGAUUUAUUCGGUCGCUGCCAAUGCACCGCGCCGAUGCGCCGCGAGGGUGACGUGUGCCGGCCCGACAGUCUGGUGAGGCCCGCCCCACUCCCGGAGAAUCUGCCGUCGUUUCAAGUGCCGAUCGAGGAUGUCACCGAGUACAACAAGGAGACCGUAGCCGGAGGACAGCAGCCCGAAGGUGAACAAGACACGGGUGUUCAAUUGUCUUGGCUGAAAAAUGCAACGAUGCUCUUGUCGACGGAAGCACCUAGCCAACUGAUACCGGUAAACCUGGUGACCAGGCCGUCGUUGAAACCCGAAUCCCACGACCGUCCCGGACCUAACGAGCUGCCCGACGACGACGAUGCCGUCGUCAUCGAAGCGGAGGUCACCGAGCCCGCCCAAAUCACAUCCACUUUGACGUCCGCGCCGAUCAAGACUGACCGGCACGAGAGCACGAUAAUGACGGCGAUCAGUCUCGGUCUGGGCUGCAUCGCCGACCUGGAGUGCCGAAUGGCGGACCCGCUGUCGCGCUGCAUCGGCGGCGUCUGCGAUUGCAGCUUCCCGACGAACGGCAGUUGCGGCGCGCGUAGGACCGGCUGCUCGCCCGGCACCUUCCAGUGCCGAUCGUCCGGGAGCUGCAUCAGCUGGUUCUUCGUCUGCGACGGGCGCGCCGACUGCGCCGACGGCUCCGACGAGGAAUGCACCGGCGCGGCCUGCCCGAUGCAGGCCUUCAGGUGCAACGACAGCAACGUGUGCAUCUCGAGGUCGGGGGUGUGCGACGGCAACCGCGACUGUCCGCGCGGCGAGGACGAGAUCGGCUGCAACAAUCGGCGAAAGUGUCCCGAGGGUGCGUUCAGAUGCAACAACGGCCAGUGCCUACCGGCUUACGAGUUCUGCAACGCGGUGGUGUCCUGCAGGGACGGCAGCGACGAGCCCAGGGGAGCAUGCAGAACGCGCAAUCGUGGCAGGAUCGCCCCGAGAUUCUGUCCGUUCAGGUGCGACAACGGCAGGUGUCGUUCCGACGCGAUAACCUGCAGCGGCCGGGACGGAUGCGGCGACGGUUCCGACGAGAAACACUGCAGUGUCUGCAGAUGCAGCGGAACGGUCUAAUCUCGGCCGGCUGACCUCUGUCGUGUCGCAUCGUCGGACUAAAGGAUGGAAGGAGAAGGCGAGGGAGGAAGAGAGAGAGAGAGAGAGGGAGAGAAUGUGCGUGUUUGUAUGUGUUUGGACGGGAGGAAGAGGUCAGACCCAACUGACUCGUCGAUCGUUUCGCCAGGUAAGUGCCUCGAGUAUUGUGGCGGGCACAAAAGUAAGUGUGACCAAAGAUCGUUAAGCCGUAUCGGCGACUCCGGCUUUCAACGCUCCGCGAUCUCGAGACCGAGAGGACCGUUUUUACUCGGCCGUGCUCGAGUCCAGCUUUCAGAGGAAGAGAGAGAGAGAGAGAGAGAGGAGAGACGGAGGGCUUCCCUCCGUCUCGCCUUCAGCCCUCGUUAAGUCGAAGCGGGCCAGUGACCGCCGUAGCGAGUCUCGGGAGCGCUCUCGGGAGAAAUGAUUGCGCUCGUGUAAUAAUGGGACUUAAUCGCGUAUAAUGAUGCCGUAAGACGGGGGUUAGUUUGCACAGACGUCGGAUAAAUUCGCCCGAGUGGUGAAUGAAGAGUGCUGCCGGGGCUCGUCGUCUCGGAGUGUUUUGUGUCCUGCGCGCGAAAUAUUAUUCGCUGUUCAUACCGAGGUAUGUUUUCUUCUUCUUCUUUUUUUUUUCACGGGGAGAUACGAUGGUAACGCUGUAUAAUCUCAAAUAUUCAGACGUGGUAAGCGACCGAGAGAUCAGGUUCGUUGCCGGUGGUAUAUCGAUUCCCUCGAUAUCAUACGCGUUGCCCAGGCGGUAGGCGUGAGAUAAGCUCCGAGCGUGGGGUAUGUAUGUACCAUCAGCUUUGACGAGGAAACCAAUUUUCUGGCGAGUUUCACGCCGCGAACUCGGUAAUGUCGGACGAUUUUUUCAGGCGAAAACCGACGAAAACUCGAAGUUCCGAAUAUACGCUCAUGCACCACGUACUUAGCACGGGAGACGCGAUAUCACGGCGGAAUUGUCGUCGGGAAGCGCGCGAGUGUAAUAGCUAAGACGAUUAACACCUUCGCGACCCUCGACUGAAAGCCGCAAUUUCUUCUUGAGACAACUUCAAAUAAAUAUUUGCUAAAGAGGAUUGGAGUAAUCGUUUUAUUUGAAUUAAGCAAAUAUUACUUGGACGUAAUACACUAAAAGAAAAAAGGAAAAAAGGGUAAAAAAUGCUCUACACCGCGAAGGGCGCGCAGUAGCGGUCGCGAACGUGUUAAUUUCAGGAUGUCAUCGCGCGCACGCUUAGAUUCGAAACUUUCUGUGAGCCAAGCGUUCUCGCGAUAAUACGUCUCUCGCGUUGAGUUUAAACGCUGCACGUAUUUAUUAGUAGGUUAUCGAGCUCGAGACACGAAGAGCGGACGUUAUAUUAGUCUUACGAACGUGUGUACAGAUAGUAAAAAAAAAAAAGGAAAGAAAUAAAAUAUUAUCGCGAGCCAAUAAAGAAUUACGAACGAACGAGCGAGCACACGCACGCACGCACGACUCGUCAAUAAUUUUGUACGAUUUCACAUCGCCGUCUACCUGAGCGUCUCGACGGCCCAGCCGACGUGCACCGUGCGACAUUGUAACGCGUAUCUCGUUGCGCAUCGAGGACACGAGCGCAAUUUGUGUAAUUCGACGAGUCUUA